AUGCACACAACACCUGAAGAGAAGGCCGCGCGGCUCCAAACGCAGCGCCAGGGCAAAGCCAAGGCCCGCGCAGCCCAGGAGACGAACGCGACGUCGGACGACGAGGCUACGCGGCUCCAAAAGCAGCGCCAGGGCAAAGCCAAAGCACGCGCCGCUCAGAAGGCGAGUGAGACGCCCGAAGAGAAGGCUGCGCGGCUUGACAAAGAGCGCCAGGCCAAAGCGGAUGCGCGCGCCGCCCAGGAGACGAACGCGACCCGCUUCGACGCCGAGCUCCAGCUCGACAACGUGUACAUCAUCACGAACGCGCUGGUCUCUAGCCACGACGAUUUCGGUCGUAAAUUCGACCCGCACCCCGACUUCGGCCUCCGAUUGUUCUCGGACACCAUCGUCCGCUGGGUGGACGACGACCUCCUCAUCCCGGAGAUCAAUGUCUCUGGAGACAUUACAGCGAUGCCAACGAUGCCCGCGCUCCAAGUCAUCGAAGACGUUGGCAUGCUCGCGAUCUGCCACUCACUUGAACCUAGCGCCGACGACAAGAGCUUUGCCACGCUGGUGGAUGACUCGGCAGGCGGCUCUCGCGCCACCAUUCGUCUUACGUUGUACGGCAAGCAUGCCCGCUCAGCGACACAAGAUCGGUUUGGCCAGUGCCUCUUGCUUCAGCGUUUCAAAGUCAACGAUGGCGCCAUCUCAGCCUCCGCUCAUACAUGCAUUUCCAUUGCUGCUUCGUUGCCCGAGGCCAAGCGUCUCCUCCACUGGUACAGCACUCAGUGA